UCUUUGCGCUCGCCACGCGUAUUUCACUAUCAGUCCCCAUCAACUGCUCGCAAAUCAAAACCCUAGGCAAACGAAAACCCUGUUAGAUACACAAAGAGAGAGAGAGAGAGAGAGAGAGAGUUGUCAGAUCGUAAUCGUCGUGGGUUGUUGUAUACAUCUACACAAUUCUCUGCGCUUUCAAUCAAUCCCCCCACGAUUACCGACCUCUCUCCUUAGUCAUGUUCAAGUCCUUCUGGGGUUCUCAAGAGCAGGAAGCUCAACCACACCCGCAAGAGAUUCCUACAAAUUCAUGGUAUCCUCCGUCUGUACUUAGCUCUUCAAGUUCAUCCCGCCCCGCAACACCUAGUAGCAGCGCUUCUAAUAGCUUCAAUCUGCAAAGGCCUGCAGAUCGGCCACAGUCACCGUCUCAUGUUGCGCCUGCUGAAGCUGCAGGCAUUAUUGUUCUAUUAAAGGAUAAGAGCAUGGAUGAGUUACGGAAGCUUUUAUCCGACAAAGAUGCAUACAACCAAUUCUUUCUCUCACUCGAUCAGGUUAAAAUUCAAAACAAUCUGAGAGAUGAACUUCGAAAGGAGACUUUGCAGCUUGCCAGGGAUAAUUUGGAGAAAGAACCGCGCAUAAUGGAACUGCGGAAUCAGUGCAAAAUCAUUCGGACAACUGAAUUGGCUGCUGCUCAAGAGAAGUUAAAUGAGCUGGAGAGGCAAAAAGAAGAGACCCUGAAGUUUUACUCUCCAAAAUCCCUGCUCAAUCGGCUUCAAGAAGCAAUGAAUAAGACAGACGAGGAAUCUGAGAUCCUGCACAGGCAGCUUCUUGAGAGGGAGAUCGAUGUAGGAGUUUUUGUGCAGAAAUACAAGAAGCUACGUGGCACUUACCACAGGCGUGCUCUCACCCAUCUCGCCGCCAAGAUGUCAUUAUCUGGAUGAAUGUGCAGAUCAUUAUAAGAGAUCUUCUAUUUUUAAGGAGCAGUUCUAUGAAUCCCGACAUGAACCAGAAAUUGCCCAGAAUUUGAAAUCAAAGGUCCAAAUUCAUUGAUGAUAUGGUUCCGCACAUACAAUUUUGAUUUUACACCAUAGAUUUAGCAUUCCGGAUUUGGUUAUCAUGAUCCAUAGACUUUUUUGUUUUUAAAUCUUUGUUCAAAUGUAUUUUCUGUUAGAGCUGAGUAAGGAAUUUGUAAAAACUGCAAUCGAUCUGGUCCAGGCUAAUUCGGUAGAUUUGAAUUGGUUUUUUAAAUCCAUGGUUCAAUUUUGGAUUGAAAAUUUGAGGAACCGUGGUUCGUGGAUCGGUUCUGGAUUAUACUUCAUGGUUUUGGAUUGGAAUUGAUAAGGAUCAUAUGCAACUUAGACUAUAUUCA